GAGGGCUGGCACUCAUUCACCACGCGUCGCGCGGCGGCGAUGGGGCGCUGGGGCACCCUGCCCUCGCGCUGAGCCUCCCUGGCACUGGGGACCCCACGCUCUGCUGCACCCACCGCCACCGCCCGGCAUGACCCAGCCGCAUCGGCUUCAAGGAUGAAGCGCCACUGCCCAGGGGCAGCUUCGGUUUUCCUGGCAGUGCUGUGGCUGCUGGCAAGCGGGUUGCUGCUCCUGGGCUGCCAGGACUGCGCUGUGUCACAGGGGCAGCGGGGCCCAGCGCGGCUGCCCGCCCGUCCACGGAGGCUCGCUGCAAAGCCCUCCUGCCCCGCCGGGAUGAACUGGAUCGAUGCGGUUCAACAGUGCUGCCCCCAGUGUCCACCAGGGACGUACCUGAAGAACCCCUGCUCGAUGCAUGGCAAAGGCAGCGACUGUGAAGCCUGUCCCGAUGGCACCUACCACUCCCAGCCCAACACCCGCACCAAGUGCCAUGUUUGCUAUGAGUGCGACCACCACGCUUUCCAGCGCGUGCUGAGCAACUGCUCGGCCACCAGCAACGUCGCCUGUGGCUGCAAGCCUGGCCACUUCCGCAGCUGCCUGAACGAGCACUGCAACGAAUUCUCCUGCAGCAAGUGCCAGCUCUGCCCAGGGAGGCUGGUCCAGCGGCCCUGCUCAGACACGCAGGACACGCUGUGCGGCAGCUGCAAGCCCAACUUCUACGCCGAGGGCAGCGAGUGCCGGCCGUGCCACAUGAGCACCCCGGAGACGUGCGGCGAGGAGUGCCAGCAGGCGUGCGGAGGCAGCACCCGAGGCUCGGGGCUGCAGUACCUCCUGCUGGCCCUGACUGUGCCCCUCUUCAUGGGCGCCUUCGUCAUCUACAAGAGGAGGUGGCUCCAGCACAGGGCCCUGGUGGGCAGCCCCCUCCUCACAGUCCCACCCCAGGGCUGCCCCAGCCCUAUGGCCCACACAUUCUCCCCCACCCAGGAGGCUGUAGCGACGGAGACAGUGCUGUGCCAGGUCUGUGAGCACGGCCCCAGCACGGCGAGGAAGAGCCCCGAGUCCUGGGCCUUGCACAAAUGCCCCAGUGGAGCAGCACUGCUGGAUGGCAGCGUGGAGCCCUCAGCGCCCCAGGAGCCCAGCACAGCGCGGGGCCCUGAAUCGCAUCCCCGCAGCCCCCAGCGCUGCACCCUGCUGCAGGGCAGCCAGCUCUACGCCGUCAUCAAUGUGGUGCCGGUGCGGCGCUGGAAGGAAUUCAUGCGGGUGCUGGAGCUGCGGGACACGGAGAUCGAGCUGGUGGAGAUGGAGGUGACCCACUUCCGCGACCAGCAGUAUGAGAUGCUGAAGCGCUGGUGCCAGCAGACCAGUGCCACGCUCGACCGCAUCUUUGCCGCCCUGGAGCACAUGGAGCUGGCGGGCUGUGCCGAGGCGCUGCGCCAGAGCCUGUCGGCGGGACCCUGACCCCACGUCCCCAGCCUGGGAAGGCUGCCCCAGGGUCCCCUCCUAGGCUGUUUUGUGACCCCGUGGGCCCAGGGACAGACACAUCCCAGAAAAGCAGGGUCCCUACGGGACCACCCUGCCCUGGUGCCGUGGGGUGCCGUACCCCUAAGUAUUGUUACUUAUGCCAUGUAGACAUUUUAUGUCAGUUAUCCAGACUGUGGGCUCAGGCUGCAGGAGCAGGACAGAGCUCCCCUCCCCAGCCACCCCCCACUAUUUAUGUCCUCCUGCUCCGGGGGCUGCAUUGGACACUGCCCCCGGUUCGCAGGCUGCCUGGCCGGGCUCCUGGGCGCGUGCUGCUCGCGGGACGAGCGGGGGCCGAGCCCGCUGCCAACCCAUGGGAUAGUUCUCAAGUCCGCCUGGCGGGUACACUCAGGUGGGCCUGCCCCCACCCCAAUAAAGUGGCGUGUUCUCC